UUAGCAUCACUCGGCUGCCAUGGGUUGCGGUCAGACGCCAUCUAACGAUCAGCACGAGCACCAUCAGUGCAAGGUGAUCCAGGGCAAGGACAUUCCGCUCCUCACGCCGUUCAAGCUUGGCGGAUUUCAGCUGAAACACAGAGUGGUGCUCGCGCCCCUGACCAGGUGCAGAUCGUAUGGCCAUGUCCCGCAGCCUCAUGCCGCCAUUUAUUACUCACAGCGAGCCACGCAAGGGGGGCUCUUGAUCGCCGAAGCCACUGCAGUUUCUCCAUCCGGAUUGGGAUAUCCGCAUAGCCCUGGAAUCUGGUCCGAGGAGCAAGUCGAAGCAUGGAAACCGAUUGUCCAGGCUGUUCAUGACAAAGGAGCUGUUUUCUUUCUACAGAUUUGGCAUGUGGGAAGAGUUUCUCAUACAUCUUAUCAGCCGAAUGGACAGGCACCCGUAUCAUGUACCAACAGGAAAGCACCGGGCCAGUUGAUGCUUCCACAAGGCACUCCCAUGGCGGACUAUUCGCCUCCAAGAGCCCUUGAAACGCAUGAAAUCGCUGGCGUUGUGGAAGAUUUUCGACUUGCUGCUCGGAACGCAAUGAGAGCUGGUUUCGAUGGUGUAGAACUCCACGGAGCUCAUGGUUACCUCAUCGACCAGUUUUUCAAGGACAGCGCCAAUGAUCGGACGGAUGAAUACGGUGGCUCCGUGGAGAACCGAUGCCGAUUCGCACUUGAGCUAGUGGAAGCAGUCUCCAAAGAAGUUGGAGCCGACCGAGUGGGAAUCAGACUGUCCCCGUUCUCCGACUAUGUGGGAGCCGUGGACUCAAACCCCCUGCAGCUCGGCCUCUACAUGGCAGAGGAGCUCAACAGAUUCAACAUCCUGUACGCACACUUUGUAGAACCCAGGAUGAGAGUCGGAGCAGCAAUCGCUCCAGAAGCCGCAGGCAUAUGGCCCUUGAGGAAGGCUUUCAAAGGCACUAUGUUGGUGGCUGGGGGCUACGGCAGAGACGACGGCAACGAGGCAAUCACGGCUGGGAAAACUGACCUGGUGGUGUACGGGAGGCAUUUUCUGGCAAAUCCCGAUCUGCCCAAGCGAUUUGAGCUGAAUUCGGCGCUCAACGUGUACGACAGGCAGACGUUCUACACUCCAGACCCGGUCGUCGGCUACACAGACUACUCCUUCCUGGAAGUCAAAGUCGUUGCUUGAGAUACUGCAAUUUAUAUUGAUAAAACAUAAGGCCUGUGUGAUGGUGAAAGUCAAUAAGUGUGAUGCUGUGGACCAUUUCAGCUUCAAAUCUAGCUUUUUGGAUUUGCUGCAGUUGUGGGGAAUGAGGACAUUUAAUUGCCACCUCGUUCCCUCUCUGCAGUGGUGCUUAUCACAGGGAUCACCAAUCAACCGCUUGAAUUUCUCUUGAAAUAUCCCCAUCCAAUUGUUUGCAAGGAUGAAGAAACCAUACCCUGCGUUUCAAUCAUCAUCUGAAAGACAAGGAUAGUCCAAGUA